AUGGUCAAGAUGCAGGCAGUGCAAUCGGCGAUGGCGGUGCGUCGCCAGAGAAACCGAUGGGAAGAACACAAGAUGGCGAAAAUCAGAAGAGCUUCUGGGACUUCCGUUUCAUCUACUCGUGACUCUCAGGUUUCUAUGGACGGUAAGGUCUUCUUCAACAAAAAGUCCGAAAACAAAACCAUGUACGGCCAAGUUACCAUGUUCCAUGUUGGGAUAGUCUUCAUCGUCAUAGGACUGAUGCUUGUUUUUACCGCAAUCAUUCCAGGUUACGAGGACAAGAACAAAAAGAGAAAGAACGAUAUAUUGGGAACAGGUACAGUGUUCGUGUUCAUUGGUGCGAUUCUCACCACAGUAAGUAGAUUUAUCUCGAAUAAUGAAGAAAGAGAGCUCAAUGAAUAUAUUCAAAGUCGUCUAGCACGUUCCAAAUCCGGCCACAGAUUAGCCCGAGAUAUCGAAAGCUGUCACGUCACUCCUGUGAGAGAACGAAGAAUUAAGCCACAUCAAAAUGGAGUAUCCAUGACCACAAUUGUGUCAGAAACAGCUUUUAACACACCAGAAGCCUCGAAUUCUUCAAAUGCACAUGGUAGUAAAUGUGCAUCAGGCCAAAUUCCGCCUCUGAAACCUCACGGUGAUUCAGCAGCAAGUGCUGCAGCCACCGCAUCAAAGGCAACGAUUUCGCCCUCCGCCUCAGACGACGCGGCGCUGUCACGUAUUGUGGAGGAAGAUGAAAUCGAGUGCGAAAUAGACGGAGAAAUGAAAACUGAAAUUGAAAUUUCAACAGAACCUAUUGAUUCUUCCUCGUUGAUGAGUAUUACGUCCUCGACUUUUGAGACGCAAGCCCUACUGGACAGACAAAACUCGCAGGCUAGGAGAGCCUCCAAAACUUCCUCAAAAGCCUCUUUUAAGAGUUGUAGCUGAGCUCGCUACAGCGCUCAAGUUGCGCAUUUAGUGGUGUGAAUUGAGUUUAGUGGCAGCAUCUUUAUUGGUUUACGUUAACGCCGUCAAAUUCGUGAUGCAUAGUUUCGUGUUAAGAGAAAUGAAUAUUUGAUAUCUGACAGCCUGAUGGCUUCUGGC